GUAUUGAAAAAUUUAGUUCCAGAGAAAUCCAUUUCGUGUGCUCCUAAUUUUUGUAGACAAAAGUAUUGGUUUUUUCCAAACCUUAACAACACGACAGGCGACCUCAAAAUUAUUGAAUAGAUGGAUUGAUUUCCAGUUAUGUGGACUUGAUUCAAUGUUAUUCUUUCUGCGUGUCGUAGUGAGAUGAUUGCCAGGCAACGUUGUUCAAUUUUAUCUUGAUUUAAGGUUGCUAGGCUGUUGUGUUAAAUUAGCUCCAGAAAAUGGAUAUGGAAGCCACUGUGCUAACCGGGAUUUUGAUAAUUUCCCUAUCUAUCCUCCUCAAAAUUCUCCGAUCACCCCGGCGUCGCCGUCUUCCGCCGUUUCCGGGGAUACCCAUUCCUAUAAUCGGCCACCUCCACCUUCUAAAGCCGCCGCUUCACCGCACUCUCUACCGCCUCUCCGAGAUUCACGGCCCAAUCAUAUCUCUCCGGCUGGGGAGCCACCUUGUCGUGGUCGUCUCAUCGCCGUCGCUGGCGGAGGAAUGUUUCACUACCCACGACGCCGUUUUCGCCAAUCGGCCCCACACUCUCGCCGGGAAGUACAUAGGCUACAACGACACCACCUUGGUGGGUCUCCCUUAUUCCGACCAGUGGCGACACCUCCGCCGCCUCAGCGCCCAGGAAAUCUUCUCCGCCGCCCGCCUCAACUCCUUCCUCUCCAUCCGACAAGACGAAGUGAAGCAUCUUUUGCAGGGCCUCUACCGAGAUUCGAAAACUUCGUUUGCCAAGGUGGAGCUUAAGCCGAAAUUAGGCCAAGUGGCGUUCAAUGUAAUCACGAGGAUGAUUGCCGGGAAGAGAUAUUUUGGGGAAAACGACAGCCAGGACACCAAGAAUGUUCCGGAGCUGAUUAACGAGGUUCUGGAAACCGCGGAAGCUUCGAAUCCCGAGGAUUUCUUCCCGCUGCUUAGGUGGUUGGAUUGCAGAGGCCUGAAGAAGAAACUGGCGAGUCUUGGCCACAGAAUGGACGCUUUCCAGCAAUCGCUGAUUGAUGAACACCGGCGUGAAAAGAGGACGAGUACGAUGAUUGGGCAUUUACUGUCCCUCCAAGAAUCGGAGCCGCUGUUCUACACCGAUCUCACCAUUAAAGGCCUUAUCAAUAACAUGAUAGUUGCAGGUACAGAUACAUCAGCGGUGACAAUGGAGUGGGCGAUGUCAGCAUUGCUCAACCAUCCUGAGGUGAUGAAGAAGGCCAGAGCUGAGCUUGACAGAGUUGUUGGUUGUGGGCGCGUAGUUGAUGAACCAGAUUUGUCCGAAUUACCUUAUCUUCAGUGCAUCAUAUCUGAAACCUUUCGUCUGUUUCCAGCAGGACCAAUGUUAUUGCCACAUUAUUCAUCUCAACCCUGCCAGGUUGGUGGCUACGAGAUUCCUAGCGACACAAUGUUGUUGGUUAAUGCUUGGGCUAUCCAUAGGGAUCCCGGCAUUUGGGACGAUCCAAUGAGGUUCGUGCCCGAGAGGUUUGAAGGCAGAGAAGGGGAAUCUUCUCAGCUGCUAAUGCCCUUUGGGAUGGGAAGGAGGUCGUGCCCUGGUGCUGGACUUGCGCGACGCAUGAUAGGUCUGGUCUUAGCCUCUCUAAUACAGUGUUUCGAGUGGGAGAGGGUCACCAAAGAUCAGGUUGAUAUGACUGAGGGCAAAGGGCUAACCAUGCCCAAAGCUAAGCCAUUGGAAGCCAUGUGCAAAUCGCGCAAAGAAAUGCAUAAGUUUCUUGCAUUAUCCUGAUUGGCUUAUGCAGAACUUGUAAUUUUCUAAGUUUUAAUCCUCUCAAGAUUCACACUUAUUCCCACAACCUGCUAUUGCUAUUAAUAUCAGUCUCUGCAAAACUAUGGUGAGUUGGUGUUUGUAGAGUAAUAUCACCAGAAGGCUUGAAACAUACAAGCCUUAUAGCAGUUGGAAUAGGUUUAAUUAAGUGAUAAUGAUGUUUACCUCCAUUCACAUUCAUUCAUAUAUAUAUAUAUAUAUAUAUAUAUAUAUAUAUAUAUAUAUAUAUCACCUCCAUAUUCUGAUCUUUCUUGCAUAUGUUCUUGAUUUUUUGAAUUGUCAAUUCUGUCUGUUUGUUAUGCUCCUCUAGUUUCUACUAAUUGAACAUAUUAGUCAUGUUAUGUUUUAUAUUAUUUAUAUUAUAUAGUUUGUAUCUAGUGGUUCCUAUUCAGUCAAUACUAGACUCCUAGAGGAUAGGAGAUAUCAGUGUAAUCUCUAGUACAGGGACUCUGUAAUCGUUUGUUACUGAAUAAUCAAGAUUAACAUUCUCAUA